UCAACAGGAGCAGGAGCUGAGUUGCACACACACAGCAGCAGACAGAGGAAGCACACAGACCUCAACUUUCACUCUAAGCUUCACACAAGCCCUCCCCUGCACACAAACAGACAGCAGCAAAAGUGAAAGCAGAACGAGCACUCAACAGGAGCUGAGCUGUACACGUAGAACGGCAGACAGAGAAAGGCACACGGACCAUCACACAAGAUUCAAAUAUGGGAUCCAGUCCAACCAAACCUGAAUUUGUCACAGUUCUCGCUGAAAAAGAUGUUGAAAUUGGAGAUCGUGUUAUUCUUCAAUGUGAGGCAAACACAGAAGAUGUAACAGCAUCAUGGGAAAAGGACGGCUACAAAUUGGCUUGUGUGGAGGGCAAGCAUGUUGUGAGAAAAAUUGGUGCAAAAUGUGUCUUGGAAAUUGUAAAUGCUCAGGCCACUGAUGAAGGGAAAUACACCAUAAACCUAAGCAACACUGGAGGUUCUGCAUCAUGCUUUGCCCUUGUCAGAGUCAAAAUUAAAGAAUGGAGGACAGUACAAUGGAGUCAAGACAAAAGGUUGAAUUCCCUCAAGACAUUUAAAGUUUGUAAUGAAGUCCAAAAGCUCCACUUCCUCCUGUAUGGACCAGUUGGAGCAGGAAAGUCCAGCACCAUAAACACCAUCAGAUCCAUUUUUGAAGGACGUCAGUUUGUCAACUGUCUGGCUGCUGCAGACUCUACUACGAGUCACACUCUAAAAUAUGAGCAAUUUACAUUUGAAAAUGAGGAAGGAUCAUUCCCUUUUACCUUCAGUGAUAUAAUGGGUGCAGAAGCAGGAGGUGGAGUCCACACUGAAGAUAUCAUCCUUGCUUUAAAAGGUCAUAUGAAAGAGGAUUACCUGUUUAACUCUGCAGCACCACUGUCUGAAAGCAAUCUUUACUACAACCAAAAUCCCAGCCUGAGUGAUCAGAUGCACUGCCUGGUGUUUAUCAUAUCAGCUGACAAGAUUUCGAUGAUGGAAAAAGAUUUACUUGAAAAAUUGAAGUAUGUCAGAGAUGCAGCAAGCAGAAUGGGCAUGCCUCAAGUGGUUUUCAUGACAAGAGUCGACCGCGCAUGUCAAUUGACGAAGGAGAACUUGAGAAAUAUCUACAAAAGCAAAAAGAUCAACCAAAAAAUGGAUGAAUGCAGUCAUGUACUGGGUGUGCCUGUGAACUGUAUCUUCCCUGUCUUGAACUAUCACGAGGAGACCCAUAUGAAUGAGGACAUAAACUGCCUGAUGCUGGAUGCUUUAAUACAGAUUAUCAACUGGGCAAAUGAUUAUUUGGUCAAAAGUUCCAAAAACCAAAUUUCACAUCAACAACCAAAAUGUGAAUAAAGAGAUUUCACACAAAACAUGAAAAGCAGAAUGACAAAUAGUUCUACAUAUCUGAUGGCUAAUUGCUAUUCAAAUUCACUGAAUUCUUAAUCUAGUUUAAUCAUGCAACACAUUUUAAAGCAUGAAACUUACAGUAUAUUCGUGUUCUUAUCCAGAUUUUAAAAUGGCAUAGAAUAGAAUAGAAUAGAAUAGAAUGCAUUUAUUGUCACUACAGAAAUGUACAAUGAAAUUUAGUUCAUCUUAAGAGAGCAAAGCCGCUGCGUACAUGUACGCCACCACUCCUGAGCAGUUCAGCCCAAGGCUGCCCCAUGUUAACCUAACUGCAGGUCUUUGAAAUGAGUUUAAUGAUACAAAUAUACAGAUAGCAUGCAUCCUUUAUAUUUUGUUUCAAAAUCUGAACAUUGAUUGUUAAUAUUAGAUUUCAUUUUCCUUCUUUAGUGUAUGAAAGGGUUUGAAUUUCUGAGUAUUACGGAACUGAUUCAGUGUGCAUAAUUAGUACAGACUUAAUAAUUUAAAAUUCUGGUUAGAAGGGAUAUUUGAUAUGGAGCUACAAAGCAACUGUACACAUUGCUAUAAUUAUUAUACACAAGAUAAUUUAUGAUAAGCUCAUUUCAGCUAGUUGUAUUGAUCAUGCUUUUUCUGAUCACAGAUCUGGUGUAUUAUUCUUUAAUAUCUAAAUAAAAUGAUAAAAUGAACCUGGAUAAGACAUUACAAAAUGUCUUAGCUUAAACAAUACAAUGGAUGAAGUAAACUCAUUCCCUGCUCCAGGUCCUACAGCAGAUGUACAUGUAAAUUGAAUGAAAUUAAAUGGCUGUGACAGUGUGUUACUGAAAUAAAAUGUGAAUGAGUGUGUUACUGAAAUAAAGCUGUUUCUAUCAAAAUUCAA